AGAUGAGCAGCCACGGCAAUAGCCUGUUUCUGAGGGAGAGCGGCCAGCGGCUGGGCCGGGUGGGCUGGUUGCAGCGGCUGCAGGAGAACUUGCAGCAGAGAGCGUUGCGCACACGCUUGCGCCUGCAGACCAUGACACGCGAGCACGUGCAACGCUUCCUGCGCAGGAAUGCCUUCAUCCUGCUGACUGUCAGCGCUGUGAUCAUCGGGGUCAGCCUGGCCUUUGCCCUGCGCCCUUACCAGCUCACCUACCGCCAGAUCAAGUACUUCUCUUUUCCCGGAGAGCUCCUCAUGAGGAUGCUGCAGAUGCUGGUGCUGCCACUCAUUGUCUCCAGCCUGGUCACAGGUAUGGCUUCCUUGGACAACAAGGCGACAGGGCGAAUGGGGAUGCGGGCAGCUGUAUACUACAUGGUGACCACAGUCAUUGCUGUCUUCAUUGGCAUCCUAAUGGUCACCAUCAUCCACCCUGGGAAAGGCUCCAAGGAGGGGCUGCAUCGUGAGGGUCGGAUCGAGACCAUCCCCACAGCUGAUGCCUUCAUGGACCUGGUCAGAAAUAUGUUUCCACCCAACCUCGUGGAAGCCUGCUUCAAACAGUUUAAGACACAGUACAGCACAAGGUUGGUGACCAGGACCAUUGUGAGGACAGAGAAUGGAUCAGAGCUGGGUGCCUCCAUGACUCCUCCAUCCUCGGGGGAAAAUGGAACCAGCCUCCUGGAAAAUGUCACACGAGCCUUGGGCAGCCUUCAAGAGGUGUUGAGUUUUGAGGAGACUGUGCCUGUGCCUGGCUCAGCCAAUGGCAUCAACGCCUUAGGCCUCGUGGUCUUCUCUGUGGCCUUUGGGCUGGUCAUCGGAGGCAUGAAACACAAGGGCCGAGUCCUGCGGGACUUCUUCGACAGCCUCAAUGAGGCUAUUAUGAGGCUGGUGGGCAUCAUUAUCUGGUAUGCGCCUGUGGGAAUCCUAUUCCUGAUUGCUGGGAAGAUCCUGGAGAUGGAAGACAUGGCUGUCCUUGGGGGUCAGCUGGGGAUGUACACCUUGACUGUCAUUGUGGGAUUGUUCCUCCACGCUGGCGGUGUCCUGCCUCUCAUCUACUUCCUCAUCACUCACCGCAACCCUUUCCCCUUCAUUGGGGGCAUGCUGCAGGCUCUCAUCACUGCCAUGGGCACAUCUUCCAGCUCUGCAACACUGCCCAUUACGUUCCGCUGUCUGGAAGAGGGCCUUGGUGUGGACCGCCGUAUCACCAGGUUUGUUCUGCCUGUGGGGGCCACCGUCAACAUGGAUGGCACCGCCCUCUAUGAGGCCUUGGCUGCCAUCUUCAUCGCUCAAGUCAACAACUAUGAGCUCAACCUAGGCCAGAUAACAACUAUCAGUAUCACAGCAACGGCAGCCAGCGUUGGGGCUGCUGGCAUACCCCAGGCGGGGCUGGUCACCAUGGUCAUUGUGCUUACCUCGGUUGGCCUGCCCACUGAGGACAUCACGCUGAUCAUCGCUGUGGACUGGUUUCUUGACCGACUUCGCACGAUGACCAAUGUUCUGGGGGACUCUAUUGGAGCAGCUGUCAUUGAGCAUUUGUCUCAGCGGGAGCUGGAGCUGCAGGAAGCAGAGCUUACCCUCCCCAGCCUGGGGAAGCCCUACAAAUCGCUCAUGGCCCAAGAGAAGGGGGCCUCCAGGGGACGGGGAGGCAAUGAGAGUGCUAUGUGAGGGAUCCUCAACUUUGAUGCUCAGAGAGAAGGGAAGGGUGCCAAAAAGAGGGAGGUCCUGGGAAGACCAGUGCCAAAUGUCUGUGCACUGAACACACAUGUUCUAUCUGGGGGAAACUGAGAUAAAGGAGCAGGAGGGAAAGGU